UUAUUAGGAGAUGCAUAUUUAAGAAGACCAAAACCUAAUCACAAUACUAAAUUAGUAUUUGAUCAAUCUAAAAGUUUACAUAAAGAUUAUUUACUUCAUUUAUACGAAGUAUUUGAACUUCUUACUGUUUCUAGUCCUAAAGUAACGAAUAGAAAACCUGAUAUUAGAACAGGUAAAGUAUACAAUAGUAUUAGGUUUUCAUCUUUAUUUUUACCUUGUUUAAAUUAUUAUGAGUUAUUCUAUCCAAAUGAGAAAAAUUUGGGCUGGGUUCGCCCCCCGGGGCCUAUUAAUAUUGAUGAACUUUUAACAGCAAGAAGUUUAGCAUAUUUAAUUAUGGAUGAUGGAGGUAAAUCUUACUACGAACAAACUAUUAUUCAUACAAGAUCUUAUACUAAAUUUGAAUUCGGAUUACUUCAAAAAGCCAUUUGGACAAACUUUAGUUUAACUUCUAGAUUAGAGGAAAAGCUUAAUGGUGUAAAAUCUAAAGAUCAAUAUAGAAUUGUAAUUUCUAAGAGGGAAUUAAGACAUUUUCAAAAUUUAAGUUUAGAUUAUUUACAUCCUUCAAUGUACUAUAGAAUUGGAUUAUAA